CAGAAACCGACCACUAUGGGGAGUUAAGGACAAGACGACGGGUUGUUUUCGCAAAUAUUUAAUACCUGAAAGCGUCCUUAUGCUGCGUUUUGGAGCACCCAGUUCACGCCAGUAUCCCCAAUGCAGCGGAUUACGGGGAACGGGCUUUCAGAGACGGGAGAAUUGUUUGUCAGCAGAAUCUUUGCUAGAGGGGAAGAUCUGACCUCUGCUUUCUGCAGUCAGAGACAUGAGUGUUGUCAGAGAAUUACAUGGGAUUGGGUACAGAGGCGGGGGUGGGGUUGCGACCUCCCUUGGUGGCACAACCCACUUUACAGAGGAUGCUCCACGGCCCCCAGUGCCUGGUGAGGAGGGCUCUGAUGUGGACCCCCCAGUCCAGUCAUCCAAUGCCCGUCUAAACCCUCUUUCUCAGCCCCUCUACUAUCCCCCAUCUUCCUCAUCAUCUAAAAUGGCUGAUCUGCCAAGCUACACACCUUCUUCAUCGUCUGCAACUCCGCGACGCCCAGACCUGGAUUUGGGGUAUGAACCUGAGGGCUCAGCUUCACCAACACCACCUUACCUGAAAUGGGCUGAGUCGCUUCAUUCUCUCCUGGAUGACCAGGAAGGCAUUCAUCUGUUCCGUAACUUCCUGUGCCAGGAAGGGUGUGCAGAUCUUCUCGACUUCUGGUUCGCCUGCUCGGGGUUCCGCAAGACCAGCCAAGAGAAGAGGGCUAAGCUGGCCAAGGCCAUUUACAGGAAGUACAUCAUAGAUGGAAGUGGGAUUGUCUCUCGGCAGAUCAAGCCAGCGACCAAGAGCUUCAUCAGAGACUGUGUGGUGAGGCCGCAUCCAGACCCUGCCAUGUUCGAACAGGCUCAGACGGAGAUCCAGGCCACCAUGGAAGAGAACACCUACCCUUUGUUCCUUAAGUCAGAUCUGUAUCUGGAGUACGCUCGGACAGGAGGGGAGAGCCCGAAGCCUAACCCCAGCGAUCAGAGCCCCUCUUCAGGGAGUGCCAAGCCUGUGCCUGGAUAUUUACCCACGCUUGCCGAGGAUGAAGAAUGGAGGUGUGGAGGAGGAGCGAGGGAAGAGGAGGAAGAGGAGGAUGAAGAGAAGUGUGGAGACACACCAGCUGGUAGGCUGACUCAUAGACUGCUGAUGGAGACGGCACCACAGAGAGCCUCAGCCAGCAGGAGGAGGCAGGACAGCAGGGAGUACAGGCCGUGGAGAGAGCCGGUUAACCCGUACUACGUGAACAUGGGCUACGCUCGCGCUCCUGCAACCAGUGCCAAUGACAGUGAGCAGCAGAGCAUGUCAAGCGACGCAGACACACUAUCACUGACCGACAGCAGUGUAGAUGGUAUUCCUCCAUAUAAAUAUCGAAAGCAGCAUCGUAGAGAGAUGCAUGAAAGUGCCAAAGCCAAUGGACGUGUGCCCCUACCUCAUAUACCUCGCACAUACCGUAUGCCAAAGGACAUCCAUGUAGAGCCGGAGAGGUUUGCAGCUGAGCUCAUCAGCAGACUGGAGACUGUUCUGAGAGAGAGAGAGGCUCAGGAGAGACUGGAAGAGAGGCUGAAGAGAGUCCGACUGGAGGAAGAGGGUGACGAUGCUGAUGUCUCCAUGACAACCUCCCUGUCCUCCCAUAGCAUACCACUUUCCCUUCCGUCAUCCUUUCCACCUCUCUAUGGUGCCCGUUACUCAGAGACCACUGCUAACACAGCUACAGUUGCAACUUAUGGUGGCCUGGUUGCCAUGGAGGAUUCCCAUGAUGAUGACCCGGAAUCUAUCUUGGACGAGCAUGUGCAGCGUGUGAUGAAAACGCCAGGCUGCCAGUCUCCAGGGGCAACCAAUGCCCCACUAGGGGGAGGGGGACGACACACUCCUCCUAAAUCAUCACGCUCACCUGAUGGAGGGAUAGCGCCACCUCACUACCCCCCCUCGCACUACCCUCCCCACCGAGGGGGAGGCCACAGUCUGCCUGCUGCCGGGGUCAAAGGGCAUCACCACAAGCAGCUGUAUCACCACAGAGGAAGAGAAGGGCAGGAAGAGGCAGGCCCUAGGUCUCAGGCCAACUUCCUGUGGAACGGUGACCCAGCCAGCCAGUACACAGGGAGAAGUCGUAAUUACGCCGAUGGGGCUGGAGCCAGCACACUUGAGGGCAUGGGUUACAGUAGUAAAGGUAGCACAUUAUCUCGGCGAGGCUGUAAAAAGUCAGAGACGUCAGGCAAAGGUGAUGAAACUGGGCGUGGCCUGGAGCCCCAGGUACCACUUGAGGAUCUGGAGAGAAACCAGAAGAUCCUGCAGUGGAUGAUGGAAGGAGAGGCUCUCAGACACAAGAAAAGCACACACAGCAGCAGCACCAGCGGAUCUAGAAGGACAGGAGCCAGCAACGAGUCUCCACGUCCAACCUCGGUGGAACGUCCCGGAGCUGUGCACCCUUGGGUUUCGGCCCAGCUGCGUAACAACCCCUCCUCAGUUUCCUCCUCCAUCCCCUGCUCGUCAUCCGCCCAGGUCCAGCCUUCCCAUCCUUUCAUCCAGGACCCAGCUAUGCCCCCGAACCCAGCUCCCAACCCCCUUACCCAGCUGGAGGAGGCUAGGAGGCGGCUAGAGGAGGAAAGGCGGAGGAACGCACUACAGCAGGCCAAGCAGAGGCACAAGUCUGGUAAGCGCCAACUGUGUGACAAUGUGACAGUUGCUUACUACUUCUGUGGAGAGCCAAUCCCAUACCGAACAUCAGUCAAAGGCCGCGUGGUGACUUUGGGCCAGUUCAAGGAGCUGCUUACCAAAAAGGGCCACUACAGGUUCUACUUUAAGAAAGUGAGUGAUGAGUUUGACUGCGGUGUGGUGUUUGAGGAGGUCCGUGAUGACGACGCCAUCUUGCCCAUCUUUGAGGAGAAGAUCAUUGGGAAGGUGGAGAAGGUUGACUGAAAUUAGGAAACGGGAAGAUAAAAUAGAAUUGGAAAAAAGAAUAUCAUUUGCAAAGAAGAAUGAUGAAGACGGAUACAAAAAUUCAGCGGUUAGAAAAUGAGUGAAAGGAAGUAGAAAGAUGGAAGGAGGAAUGUAUGACACCGGGGAUAUUACGCUGCAUGUUAGAAGCUAGGCUUGAAGUGUUAAGGAGGACGAUCUUUUUUUUUUUUUUUUUUUAAUGAAAUGCUACCUGUGUCAAUUCCUGGAUCAAACCUACAUCGAGUAGAGGCUUGGCCAGAUGGAACAGGAGCGGAGGAAUGGAACACAACUUAUUUCGCCUGUCAUUUGUCUUUACUGUGGACAUUUGAGGAGGACUGUCAAAAGCUAAUGUCUAACCAGUCUUCCACUUCCACUACUAUGGAUGAAAAGAUGAGGGAUUGCUGGAAGGAGAGAAGUUAACCAGUCUUCCACUUCCUCUGCUCUGGAGGAGCCCCUCCUCCGCAGACCAUUACGAUGCUGCUACAUUACCACGGAAACUCUUCAAACGGUGCUUGGAACAGUAAAGAACGCAGUUACGUUCCAUCCUGGAGUCUUGCUGCCUUCCGCUCUCUCUCUCUCUGUUCCUCAUCAGUCGGUGGCAAGGGGAGAGGACGCAGGACUUUAGGAAUGGAACUUGGCCUGCUUCUCUUGUCGACUUCAUAGCCUCAAGACAGAAACUCGCUUACCCUUGAUUCCUAGAUGUCAUGUAAUGAUUUAUCACAUCAUUGUUUUCAAUGACAACAGUUCUCUACAUAACUCGUUUACCAAAGCUACAUAUUUUUGAUAUGACAAGUACCAUAACUACUUGUUGUCGACUUAUUUGCAUUGUGUAUGUAUAAGGCAGGUACUAUUACGUAUUAAUGCAGCCUACAGAUUUGUCAUAUCUCGACUUAAUGUUGUAUAAUUGUCUAUGUUUUGAAGCAAGUUGUUAGUCAUUUCAGGGCAGCCAUUUUGUGUUUUCCUUGCUGUUAUUUUUUUUUUCUUCAUACCAGAUCCCUUAUAUGCAAAUUCUGUACUCUUUACCAUUGUGUGCAGCUGUCUUCUACACCACAAUGGAUUUUGAAUAUGGAGUUGCUUUUCUUCCUCCCCCCAGUGCUAAUUAUUGGUGCCAUUCUUUAACUCUCAUGAAAAAGAAUGGUGCACCCAAUAAGGCGUGCCAUCUCUGACCACAGUAUCUGUUGCUUUGACUGGCCACUCUAUCCCCUGAUAUAUAUUGUACCUUUCUACUAUACUAGACCCUGUGUACUUAACUCCAAGCUCAGUCUAGGUGCCUGUCCGGCCAGUGCCAUUACUCUCUAGAAUGCUUAUACUUACGAGUGUUUGUGCGUGUAAAAGCCUGUGUUUGUGUAUGCCUGACCUCAGCCAAAGAGCAUAUUGCGUGUUCCGUAUGUCUGCGUGCGUGUCUGUGCAGUCUGCAUCUGUGAUCAAAUAAUUUCCAAUGUCAUGUUUCAGCUCGAACAUCAUGAACUCUCCUCCGUAUCUCACAGGUUCCAAAAUUUCAAAAGUUGUAGAUAAAUCGGUGUUGAGUUCAAACUCAACAGCUCACCUUAAAAAUUGCUCCCACCACUUCAGUGGACUGCAGAAGCGUCAUAAGGCCAGAAAGUCAAAAAGCGUCGAACAAAGACAGUCUGUUGACGACACCAGCUAUGUAAGCAGAAUGCAGUUUUAUGUUAGUGCGGUUUCUUUCUGACACCCUCUUUGUCUUUGAAGGAGUAACGUCCUCGGUCAUGUCAUUAUGCUUGAGUCUGUCUUUAGUUUUGAUCCUCAGCUGUUGGGCAGAUGGAGUGCUUUGUGUCAUCCAUACUGAUAGUGUCCCCGAGGGCGAAGAGGUCCUAGGUCCCACAGGAAUGUCAAAUGAAAUCUGUCCUGGGUUCGGCCUAGUAAGGGAAAGCAUAGGAUUGGAAAACAUAUUUGUCCUUAUGUCAACACAUUAUGCCUUCAAUAUGGAAUAUAAAAUUUUAGAUAUGUUUUUGUUUAUACAAAAAAAUGUAAUUUUAAUAAUCACCAAGCAUGUUCUUUAUAUGGAUUGUUUUCCUGAUGAGUUGAAUUAUCUGUUUUUGUUCUUUUGUUUAGCUGCGGUCUGCUACGGCCCUCUUGAUAUAUUAUGUUUUGUUAGAAAGAAUGCCCAGGGAUGAAUGAAUGACAACAAUGUAAGAGUUGUUUCUUGUGAUUGCUAUAAUUAUUUUCUUCUGAGAUGGACAAAACCAACAACUACGUCGUGUGUCGUCAGCUUGUGUGAAACACAGUGCCUUUAUCAUUUUAAAUAUGUUAUUGAACCAAUGCGUGCUUUUAAUGUAAGUUUUUAUUUUCAGUCAGUCCCAUUGUAUUUUUUAGCUCACACCAUGCUCGCUUCGUUCCGGAUAGGUCCUGUACUGUAAAUAUGUACAUUAUCAUUUCAUACGUGUCUUCAGACCUGCACCACAUGUCCAUGGUGUUUCUGUUUUUUCAAAGGUAAACGCCAAGAUGUCACUGUGCUGGGUCCACUUGUACAUUUCUUUUAAAAAGGUACUUCAUAAUAAAGAUGUUGAAUAAACCCUU